GCCGUCGCCGUCGCCCCGAGCCCCAGCCCCGCCCCCCCGCGGGCAGAGCCCUGUCGGCCGCGGCGUCCGCGCCCACUCCUCUCGGGCUCCCUGUCGCCAUGCCGCUCUACGAGGGCCUGGGGAGUAGCGGGGAGAAAACGGCGGUCGUGAUCGACCUGGGAGAGGCCUUUACCAAGUGUGGAUUUGCUGGAGAAACUGGUCCAAGAUGUAUAAUUCCUAGUGUGAUAAAAAGAGCCGGCCUGCCUAAGCCUGUCAAAGUUGUUCAGUAUAAUAUCAAUACAGAAGAAUUAUAUUCCUACCUAAAGGAAUUCAUCCACAUCCUGUAUUUUAGGCAUCUAUUGGUGAAUCCCAGAGACCGCCGAGUUGUGGUUAUCGAGUCGGUAUUAUGUCCUUCCCACUUCAGAGAGACACUCACUCGUGUUCUUUUCAAAUAUUUUGAGGUUCCAUCUGUCUUGCUUGCUCCAAGUCAUCUAAUGGCUCUUCUGACGCUUGGAAUUAACUCUGCCAUGGUCCUGGAUUGUGGAUAUAGGGAAAGCCUGGUGUUACCUGUAUCUUUUUUGUCAUUCAGCCAAUUUUGCAGUUUUUACUCCACUUUAAAUAUAAUAAUUAGACUUAUUACAAAUGAUUUUUAUUGUAUUGAACUACGUCCCUCCACCCCCAAUGUUGACUAUCCGUUAGAUGGAGAGAAGAUUUUACAUGUUCUUGGAUCAAUCAGAGAUUCCGUUGUGGAAAUUCUUUUUGAACAAGAUAAUGAAGAGAAAUCAGUUGCCACUUUAAUAUUGGAUUCCCUUAUGCAGUGCCCAAUAGAUACCAGGAAGCAACUAGCAGAGAAUUUGGUAGUCAUAGGUGGCACAUCUAUGUUACCAGGAUUUCUCCAUAGAUUGCUUGCAGAAAUAAGGUAUUUGGUAGAAAAACCAAAAUAUAAAAAAACACUUGGCACCAAGACAUUUCGAAUUCAUACUCCACCUGCAAAGGCUAAUUGCGUGGCCUGGUUGGGAGGAGCUAUUUUUGGAGCAUUACAAGAUAUACUUGGGAGCCGUUCAGUUUCAAAGGAAUAUUAUAAUCAGACAGGUCGUAUACCUGAUUGGUGUUCUCUCAAUAAUCCACCUUUGGAAAUGAUGUUUGAUGUCGGGAAGGCUCAGCCACCUCUGAUGAAGAGAGCAUUUUCCACUGAGAAAUAAAAGUUUGAUUAAAAUUCAGCUUUCCUUUAUUUCUAAUAUUUAGUUGAUUACAAGAGAAUUGUACAAAAUAUGUAAGAUGCUUUGUUAUAGGUGACUAUAGUGAAAGUGAAACCACUUCUUGUUUACUCUUUGCAUUAAUAUGUAAUUCUUUUGACUUUGUUUCCCUUGUAUAGUGGUAAAAUGGUAGCUGAUGCUUAUGAGACUUAUUGUAUUUGUAUCAAUAAAAUAUAGUAGAACAGUUUAAUUUUGGAAGUUUGUUACAUAGUCAAUUUUUCAAAAAGAAUAACAACACUAUCCCUGCAUAGUUCACAUAAUCUGUCCUGGGCAUGGGAGACUCCAUUAAUUUUAUUAUUUUCAGCAGUUAUUUCAUUUAAAGCAUGAAUAGUGUUAAUCAGUACCAGUUAUUUCAAAUAUUAGCAUGUGUCUAUUUUUUAGAUUCUUUGCUUUUUGGUACUUAUAUGUCCAUGUCAUUAAAAUGUUGCUUUUCCAAAAAUAUAUUUGAUCCUUUGGACUGAGAAUGUUUGGUAACACAGGCAUUUAUUAGGCAAAGUGUGGAAAUGUUUACCUUUUAACUUUACAGUUUCUUUUAUGAAUAAUUCUACAUUUAUAAGGAAAAAGAUAUUUCAUUUCUGUGUAAAGUUACAACUGUUUUAUAAACAUGUCCUCAUAAUAUCAUCAAUCUUUGCUUUUGUGCUUUGUAUCUUCUCAGGGCAGGGGUUCUUUGAAAUAUAUACUCAGUCAUUGUUUAACUUUUAUUUUUGUUUUUCUUCCUUUGUUUUUAAUGAACUACCUCUUGUUGAAAUUUUGCUGGUUUCAUUCUUUCAAGGUACCUGUGCCCUGUAGGCCUGCUACUUCUGUAACAUCCUUUCCCCAAAGUAGUGAUCUUUCCCUAAGUGCUUUAUUUAUAACUGAAGCACUUACAACUGUUACUUUGUAAUCGUUUCUACACAAGUUUUAGCUUCCUUUCUGGAAUAUAUACUCCAUUGCAACAAGCUUCCUUAUUUUUUAACUUUGAAAUCUUUGCAGUAAGAUUAUCAGGAAUAGGUGUACCAUUAAUUGUCAAUUGUAUGGAUUUACUAUUUUGUUAACAGUAUCUCUUUUUGCAGUAAACAUAAUUUCAAAAUUUUCUGCUUUGCAUUCAUAUUGGUCCUGCCUUUUGUUGAAUUUAGAUUACUUAUAAGAAGUUUUCUAUUUUCAUUGAUUAAUAUGAAAAACAAUAUCUCUGACUGAAAAAAGAGAUUUAAAGCUAGGUAUCAAAUGGCAGACACCUAGUGGCUGAGGUUAAGUGGCUGUUAGGUAUUGAAUUGUGUUCCACAAAAACAUAUGUUGAAGUCCUAACCCCAAUACCUGUGAAUGUGACCUUACUUGGAAAUAGAGCAGAUGUACUCAAAUUAAGGUGAGGUCAUUAGAGUAGGCCCUAACCAACAUGACUGAUAUCCUUAGAAGAAAAGGAAAAUGCCAUGUGAGACACACAAGGAAAACACCGUGUGAUGGAACAAGUCAAGCCAAGGAAUGCCAAGAAUUGCUGAUGACACCAGAAACUAAAAGAAAGGCACAGAACAAAUUCUUCAGCAGAGCUUUUGAGAGCAUGGACCUGCUGACACCUUGAUUUCAAGAAGUCUGAAACAAUAAAUUUCUGUUGUUUCAUGCCACCCAGUUUGUGGGAUCUUGUUAUGACAGCCCUAAUAAACUAAUAUAUGCUUCUUAA